UUGCUGAGGAGGUUCCUCCGCACAUACCGUCAUAUUGGCACGCAGCCUGCGCCCUGGUCCUGUGGCAGGAAGCGGCGCCGCUUUUCUUUUCUCUCCCCCCACAAGAUGUUGCCGUCUUCUCGCCGGAGUCGCCUCGGACAGCUGUUGUUGCACCUUCUGUGCAGUGUCACCGGUGUGUGGUGCAGUCAGGUGGUGGUUCCUCAGAGAGUGAGCGCCGUGCUGGGGAAGAAUGUGACAUUGGAGUGUAGCGUGGAGGUGGGAGCAAACCUCACGCUUACUCAGAGUUCCUGGGAGCGUCGCCUUCCCUCGGGCUCCGUCACAGUGGCCGUCUACAACCCCCGGUACGGCAUUUCCAUCCCCCCGGAGUUCGUCCACCGCCUGUAUUUUCGCUCACCCUCCUCUCACGAUGCCACCAUCGUACUGGACAACGUGGGCUUUGCCGACGUUGGGAUCUAUACCUGUAAGGUCGCUACAUUUCCCCUGGGAAACACUCAAGCCUCCACUACUGUCAGUGUGCUCGUGGAGCCGAAGGUCUACGUGUCUGCAGGUUCAACCGCCCUGAUCGAUGGUGGCAAUGAAACUGUGGUGGCCACCUGCAUCGCUGAGCGGGCUCGGCCCCCUGCCGAGGUGUCCUGGGAGUCCAACCUCUUUGGCCAAUCAGAGGUGCAGCUAUUGGACGAGGUCAACGGCACCACCAGCACACAAGUGCGCUACCUCUGGCAGCCCACGCGCCACGUCCAAGGCCACGCGCUCACCUGUGUGGUUCGCCACCCAGCUCUGCAGCGGGACUUCAGGAUCCCCUACCAGCUCAAUGUGCAGUUUGCUCCUGAUAUCUCAGUUGUGGGCUACGAUGGAGACUGGUACAUGGGUCGGGAAAACGUUCAAAUGACGUGCAAAGCCAACGCAAACCCGCCGCCGCAUCACUUCAGAUGGAUCAGACUGGACAGUGAAAUGCCAGAAGGGGUGGAAAUAAUGAAUAGCACUUUGCUCUUCCUGCGUCCCCUCCAGCGGAAUGACUCUGGGGUAUACAGGUGUGAGGUUGCCAAUGACAUCAACCUCCGCAGUCGGGAUGUGCGCAUUCUCAUACAAGACCAGUCUCAAGCGGAGAGGUCGAACUCCAUCGUCGUGGCUGGUGCUGUGAUGGGCGCAGUCCUCGCCCUCUUCCUCAUCGCCAUCUUCAUCAUCGUGAUCCUUACUGCUCGCAGGGCCCCGCCACCGGCCUUCACGGACAAAGUAAUUGACCUUCCUCCGACACACAAGCCACCCCCUCCCUACUCGGAGAGAGCCACGGCCGUACCUCUGGGGGUCCACGCAUCACAAGUGGCUUGGCUCUGUCAGAGUCGCAGGGCAGCGCGCAGGUACGAGCCGACUGACGGGCGGCAGCCCCCACCCACAACAAGGCCGGGACCGCAGAGCCCCACGCAGCAGCUGUCCCGUCUGGAGUGGGUGUGUCAUCAGAGUGGGACGGACCGCGUGUACAUCGACCACCGUGAACACUAUGUGUGACAGACACCCUGAGCACAGUCCACCGAGCAGCUGACGGACAUUCACUCUGCCUGAGAGACAUGGAAGGUACCGGGUUCACCUGAUUCAUACAGGGUGGCGUCUAAUACCUUUUACUCCAGAUGAUGACUCUUUUUUUUUUGUCUUACAUGACUAGUUGAACAUUUUAAACACAUACAUUCAUUUUCUUGCUGAGAGCUAGACAAGAAUAUGAAUCUGAUGUCUGUCUGUGAAAAACGAAGCAAUAGCCAGCAGCCGGUUAGCUUAGCACAAAGACUGGAGACGGGGGUAAACAGCUAGCACAAAAAAUAAAUAAAUCUCCCUUCCAACACUUCUUUGGUAUCAAUCUUCUUGUUUAACUCUGGGCAAUGAAGCAAAUUAACUGCAUUUCCCAAAAUGUAAAAAAACAAAAAACAACCUUUAUUUCAUUUCCUUCCUAAUUUUUGCUCUGUAUUUCUUCAGUUUUCAGUGUUUGAUAUAACUUACGGUACAAAGAUGAGGCUUUAGAAGUCGCAUGAUCACCAGAGCAAAACUCUCACCAUCUGACCCCCCGAUCCGUUUGUCCUCGAUUUUAGAUGUAGAUACGAAGAAGCUGAGGGUCGAAUAGUCAUCCACAUCUUUCUGUUGAAGUGCAACUCUGAGGACUCUGUAUUCUCAGGCAUAUCACUAGACCAAACCAGGCCAGAUCCAAACUUCUGAGGUCCACUGAGACCAAAUGUACUUACCGCAACACGGACCACGGUGGGAUUAAUUAAAGUAUUUCUGUCCCAGGUCUGUGAUUUGCUGUUGUGAUAUGAUGACUCGCGUUUUGGCAGCAGAAACGGUAUAUUUGUAAAUGUUUAAAUGUAGCCUCUGUUUCAGUAUUAUUAUUAUGCAGAGUCAUAAUCUACUAAUCAGGGGGACGCUGUUGUGUUUUAUCUGAGGGAAAUGUGGCUCCUUUAAAAUACAUUGAGUUUCAGUGAAGAAUCUGGAGAACUAACAGUUUUAAGUGCCAUAUUUACAUUUCGAGGGGUUUUCCCUGUAAAUAUGCUGUAAUGUGUGUGAGUACAUAGUCAUGAGCAUUUUCUUAUGUUUUAAAAAUUGCAAUUUUAUACUCUGUAAGUGGCCUUGAGAGGAAUAGCCAUUAUCUUCUCUCACACUGAAACGUCGGGAAAAUCACUUGCAAAGAACAACAUGAGACUAUUCAAAGGCAGAAAAACUUCUAAGCUGCCGCGGGAAAUCAGAAAUCGCUACAUGAGCGUGUCCAACAACCUUCUGAACAGUAAACAAUGUGGAAGCUGUGGAAAAACUAGAGAGGAAGAUCCGAGGGAGAGUUUGAGUUGACGUAUCGAGUGCUUUGGAGAAAAAUGAAUCUCAAGGUCACAGUCACAUUGCAUCCACUGUGAUUCUCUCAACAGGAAGUAACAUAUGGGGUAGGUUGAGGGGGUUCCCAGCAAAAUGUGUGUGCAGAUGAAGCAGUGUUUGCAUUUCAGCAGCCGAGACUCACGUUGCAUUGACAACAGUGUUUGAAACCAUAUACAUUUCUAUAGAUCAGUCAGUGCGCUGGUUUUCUCCCACUUUGUGUCUGACACUUUGCAUGAGUGACACUUAGUGGUCAAAUGUGUCACUGCAGCCCCUGUUGCAUCAUCAUCAUCAUCAUCAUCAUCAUCAUCAUUGAAUACACAGGAUACAGUAAGAAGCACAUUACUCGUGUCUGCUCUGUGUCAGUGGGAUGUUUCGGGUGGAGGAAAUUUUUAAUUUCAUUAUCGUGUUUUAAUUAAACAGUAGUCAGAUUAGGUGAUGUGGAUAACAGUUUAGAAAUGGAAAAUAAUAUAUGAUAUUAACUUGUUUAUGUUUGUCACACUGGAAUGCAGGGAUUAUGAGACAGGGGAAAGAAAUCAGUCCAUCAGAAACCCUACUGGGAAACAUUGCUUUGUAGUGCCGACUUAAACAAAACUGGAUAUUAAAAGUUAUACACAAUUUGAUUAUAAAGACAAUAAAUACUCGUGAAUUUUC